UGGAGCCUGAAGAAGGGGAGUCAGUGCUGGAGGUGACUGGAGCCGCGGUGGUGGCGGCAGGAGCAGCGGCGGCAGCCGAAGCGGCGGCAGCACUCUCAGCUGCGGUAGCCUAGGCUCCAGCCCCGGUCAGGGCGGCGCUGCAGACAAUACCCGGGCUGGGAGCCGGAGGGAGUCGUGUAAGCUUUGCGCGCAGCUAAGAGCCUCCGCCUGCCUGUCGCGGGGUGCAGUCCCGCGUGCUCCACUCCGGCCGCUCCGAGGAGGGCUCCAAGGGCUGGGCCUGUCGGCGUCUCGGCCGCUUGCUGAUCUCCUUGGACCACGCUUGGCGGAUUGUCCGAUCCAACUGUGAUGCUUCCUGACUGAUGAUGUUAUAAUAGUGCUGGGAAACCUGAGGCUGCAUUUCCAGCUGAACAUACCUGAGUUGUUCUUAUCACCAUGGAGACCCAAAAGGAUGAAGCUUCUCAGGGCAAAGGAGCAGCAGCCUCAGGAGACACCCAAGGCCAAGGAGCAGAGAAAGGAGCCAAGAACAAGGUAGCUGAGGCGAAGGAAAAGCCAGUGUCAGAGCAGCCCUCAUCUGGCCCGGGUAGACUGAGGAAAACUGCCAUGAAACUCUUUGGUGGCAAGAAGGGUAUCUGUACCCUGCCUAGUUUCUUUGGAGGGGGACGAAGCAAAGGUUCUGGGAAAGGUAGCUCCAAGAAGGGUCUCAGCAAGAGCAAGACCCAUGAUGGCCUGAGUGAGGCAGCCCAUGGCUCUGAAGAUAUUGCCAGUGAAGGAACUGACCUCUCCCUACCUUUGCCUGAGUCACCAUGCCAACUUCCCAGCUCCCAGAGUGCCCAUCGGGCUUUGGAGACAGGCUCCAGCUACAAGCUGUCUCUGGCUGGAGCCACAGAGAAGGCUGGGGCUGAGAAGGUUCCCUCUGUGCCUAAGCCAAAGAAAGGCCUGAAAGGCUUUUUCAGCAGUAUCCGCCGUCACCGAAAGAGCAAAGUUGCAGAGACUGAACAAAGUGAGGCAGGGGCCAAGGGGCCUGAGGGGGCCAGAACCAGGCCUCAUGAACCUGUGAACUCAGACCCUCUGCCCCACUCUGAGGAUACCAUCCAAGCCCCAAACAAGGAAGAUGCCAAACCCCAGGAUGCUCCUAAAUCAAAAGUUUCUCCAGCAUCAGAGCCUUCUCCACUAGUUGCAGAGAAGACAUCCUGUAAAGGUCCAGAAAAAUCCACAGAGGCCUGUGCCUCAGCACUCUUGCAACCCAAGCCUGCCUCUGAAGCCAGUGGCCCAGAGGAGCCCCACAGCCCAGAAACAGAGGAGAAAGUAAUGGCAGAAGAGGUAAAUCUACCCAAUGGCCCUGUGGGGGAUCCGCUGAGCUUCCUGUUUGGGGAUGUCACAUCCCUGAAAAGCUUUGAUUCAUUGACGGGUUGUGGGGACAUCAUAGCAGAGCAGGACAUGGACAGCAUGACAGACAGCAUGGCCUCUGGGGGCCAGAGGGCCAACCGAGAUGGGACCAAGCGUAGCUCCUGCCUAGUGACCUACCAAGGAGGUGGGGAGGAGAUGGCUUUGCCAGAUGAUGAUGAUGAGGAGGAAGAAGAUGAGGAAGAGGAGGUGGAAUUAGAGGAGGAAGAAGAGGAGGUAAAGGAAGAAGGAGAAGAAGAUGACUUAGAAUAUCUAUGGGCAAGUGCCCAGAUGUACCCAAGGCCCAGCCUGAACCUGGGCUACCAUCCCACCACAUCCCCAAGCCACCACAACUACAUGCUCCUCAAUCCAGUUCAGUCUUAUCCUGGCCUAGCCGCUGGGGAACUUUUGACUCCUCAGAGUGACCAGCAAGGGUCUGCCCCCAACAGUGAUGAAGGUUAUUAUGACUCUACCACACCUGGAUUUGAGGAUGACUCAGGUGAGACCCUGGGGCUUGUCCAAAGGGAUUGCCUGCCCCGAGACAGCUAUAGCGGAGAUGCCCUAUAUGAGUUUUAUGAGCCAGAUGACAGUCUUGAGAACUCCCCACCUGGGGAUGACUGCCUUUAUGACCUCCAUGGUCGUAGCUCUGAGAUGUUUGACCACUUCUUGGACUUUGAACCCUUCUCUUCCUCCCGGCCACCUGGGGCAAUGGAAACAGAGGAAGAACGGUUAAUGACCAUCCAGAAGCAGUUAUUUUAUUGGGAGCUUCGGCGGGAGCAGCUUGAGGCCCGAGAAGCCUGGGAGGCACAUGCUCGACAGGCUUAUGCCAGGGAGGCCCACAUUAGGGAGACCUAUGCCCAAGAGGCCCAUACCCAGGAAUUUCAUGCCAGAGAGGCCCGAGCCCGAGAGGCCUAUGCCAAGGAGGCCCAGGCCCGAGAGACCUGUGCCAGAGAGGCUUGUGCCCAAGAAACCCAUGUUCAAGAGGCCUGCACCCAAGAGACCUGUGCCCGAGAGGUGCAGGCCCAGCUGGAGAGGCCCAUCAUAGAGUAUCAGAUGAGGCCCUUAGGCCCAUCAGUGAUGGGCUUGGUGGCAGGGGUAUCAGGGGCUCCUCAGACUUCCCACCAUGGAAUCACCUCAGCUUUCCCUGCCACUACAAGCAGCGAGCCAGACUGGAGGGACUUUCGUCCCCUGGAGAAACGUUUUGAGGGAACCUGCUCCAAGAAAGAUCAAAAUACCUGCCUGAUGCAGCUCUUCCAGAGUGAUGCCAUGUUUGAGCCAGACAUGAAAGAAGCAAAUUUUGGAGGAUCUCCUAGGAGGGCCUACCCUACUUACUCACCCCCUGAGGAGCCAGAGGAAGAGGGGAUUGAGAAAGAAGGGAAUGCCACUGUGAGUUUCUCACAGGCCCUGGUGGAGUUCACCAGCAGUGGGAACCUCUUCUCCAGCAUGUCCUGCAGCUCUGACUCUGACUCGUCCUUCACUCAAAACCUCCCCGAGCUGCCCCCCAUGGUGACCUUUGACAUCGCUGAUGUGGAAAGGGAUGGGGAAGGUGAGUGCGAAGAUAAUCCUGAGUUCCACAAUGAUGAAGAACUCGCAGCUUCCUUGGAAGCUUUCGAGAUGGGCUACUACCAUAAACACGCCUUCAGCAACUACCACAGCCGAUUCUACCAAGGCCUGCCCUGGGGUGUGAGCAGCCUCCCUCGAUACGUGGGACUGCCUGGCAUGCACCCUCGGCCUCCACCUGCUGCCAUGGCCCUCAACAGGAGAAGCCGCUCUCUCGACACUGCAGAGACUAUGGAGCUGGAGCUCUCUAAUUCCUACCUGGCCCAGGGCUGCAUGGAGUCUGAUGAGCUUCAGGCCCAGCAGGAAGAUUCAGAUGAAGAAGAAGAGGAAGAAGGAGAAUGGGGCCGAGACAGUUCCCUGUCCCUCUGUACUGAGCCCCCAGCAGCCUAUGACUGGCCCACUUGGGUCCCCUGUCCUGUCCCAGUGGGGCCAGGCCCUGCCUGGGUAUGCCCCAGCCAGUUGGACAGACCUUCCAGCCAGUCUCCAUAUGGGCAGAUAGCCUGUUGCUUACCUCCUAUGGCCAUGUCAAUGUUGCUGCCAGUACCAGGGCCAGAGCCAAGUGUAUCCCGGAAGACGGGGCAUCAGCUAGCUCGUCCUUCACAUCUACCCCUACCCAUGGGGCCUUGCUAUAAUCCUCAGCCACAGGCCUCCCAGAGUGUGAGGCCUCAACAUGUGCUGCUGCCUGUGGAUGAGCCCACUUGUUCCCCCAGUUCUGGAGGCUUCAACCCCAGCUCCCUGCCCCAGGCCAAGCCUGUGGGCAUCACCCGUGGCAUCCCUCAGCUACCCAGGGUCCAGCCUGAGCCCCCACAGCCUCAGUCCAUUCACUGUGAGGCUUCUGACCUUGACCUGUCAAAGGAGAGGGCUGAGCAGAGGGCCUAUCUCCCCACCAGCUACUCCUCCACUGCCGUGAAUGGAAACCUAGCCGAGUAGUCAGAGUAGUCAUGAUUAAUUCUGGAAGGGGGCAUGGGGCCUGAGCAUGUGGAUGGGGA